AUGGGUUGGAAAUCAUACCUUUUACCACUGUUUCUGGGAGCUGUUGCUGGAUUAGAACAGCAACAGGUUGUUCCACGUACUUUCAUUGUCGAAUAUGAGGAUCCCGGGGUCGGGGUACUGGACUGGAAUUACGAUCUAUUCAAGGGCGCUACUGUUCAAUUCAACAACGAUAAAUCCUCUGAUGAACACAUGUCUUCAUUGAUUUCGCAUCCAGCCAUCAAAAACGUUUGGCCCAAGACGAUUAUCUCUAUACCUAAACAUGAGGUUGGAGGGGUUGAAUCAUCUGGGUUAGCGAGCUCAUCCCAACUCGUGGCCAGAGACCUCCAAGGCAAUCAGACAUACUCGCCCCACGUUAUGACCCAAGUCGACAAGUUACACGCAAAGGGCAUCACUGGUAAAGGAGUUAAAAUCGCAAUUGUUGACACUGGAAUUGAUUAUACCCACCCAGCACUCGGUGGAUGCCUCGGAGCCGAUUGCUUAGUUGUCGGUGGUUAUGAUUUCGUUGGUGAUGCGUACAACGGAUCAAAUACUCCUAUUCCUGGUGGUGAUCCAAAGGAUUGUUUUGGACACGGUACACACGUGGCUGGUAUUAUCGCUGCCCAAGAAAAUAAAUAUGGGUUCAUAGGGGCUGCACCUGGCGCCAGCCUAGCAGCCUACCGGGUAUUCGGUUGCAAUGGUUCGUCUAGUAAUGACGUUGUCACAGCUGGCUUCCUUCGCGCACAACAAGAUGGGGCUCAUAUCAUCACUGCCUCUCUUGGAUCGUCUGGCGGAUGGAGUGAGAGUUUCCCUGACGUUAUUGCUUCCCGAAUCGUUGCCAAGGGCGUUAUUGUUAUCGUCGCCGCUGGGAACUCUGGUGACCAAGGAUUGUUUCAAGCAAGUUCCCCAGCUGGAGGAAACGGUGUUGCUGCUAUUGCUUCUUACGAGAACACUUUGGCGCCUGUAUUACUGACGCAGUCCUCUUAUUCCGUUUCCAACGAAACAAAGCAGAGCUUCAAAUGGGCUCCAGGCAAACCAGGCAAUUGGACAGGCGCCGAUGUACUACCACUGUGGACUCCACCAUUGAACAGCAAUCAGACUGCGAAUGCUUGCGGUCCUAUUUCUGGUAAUACGACGGACCUUGCUGGUAAAGUCAUUCUUCUCCCUUUCAACGACUGCGUUGAUUCAAAUGUGCAAAGCGCAUUGAAGCUCGGGGCCAAUUACAUCAUGGUUUCGAACAAGCCGAACACUAAUGAAGGGAACAUCAACCUCGAGCCAUCUCCAGGCUUCCUAGGUAUUGGUAUGGUCCCUGCCACGCUAGGCACUAAGUGGUUCGCAGAUCUGGCCGCAGGAAAGGUUGUCACGUUGGAUUUCACUGGUUUCGCCACCAGCCCAGUCACGCUUGAACAGCCCCCUAACAACAGCACUGGCGGACAUGUAAGCUCCUAUACUUCCUGGGGACCUUCUUUUGAAGCCGAAAUAAAGCCUUCAUUUGGUGCUCCGGGUGGGAAGAUCAUAUCAACGUGGCCUGUUGCCUUGGGUUCUUACGCCAUACUGUCUGGUACUUCCAUGGCCUGCCCACUUGCUGCCGCUAUAUACGCCCUCCUAUCAAACGUACGGAACACCUUCGAACCCAUCGAGCUUCAAAAUCUACUUGCCAGUACAGCUAAGCCUGUUCAAUCCAAUGGUAAUAUGAGCGCUUUAAUUGCGCCUCCUGCGCAACAAGGAGCUGGACUGAUCCAAGCGUAUGACGCGGCCUAUGCCACUACAGUAUUAAGCCGUCCAGGUCUUGCUUUCAACGAUACCAUUCGAUUGACUAGCGAAACCUUUACUAUCUCUAAUACUGAGGAUAAGGACGUCACCUAUGAGCUAGACGUUAUUGGCGCUGCUACUGCUUACACAUUCUCUGGUAGUAUCAGGCCAGCUACGCCCCCCGACCUCGACGGCUCCUUCGCAAAAGUGGACCUAAGCGACUAUAAAGUUACCAUCCCUGCAGGUGGAAAAACUACAAUCGCUGUCAAGGUUACACCCCCGUCAGUUCCUAUUAGUCGACUCCCAGUGUACGGAGGAUAUAUCCGGAUCAACGGUACAAACGGCGAAAGGCUUUCUAUCCCCUACCAAGGCAUUGUUGGAGACCUCAAUUCUGUGAUUGUUAUGAACGGAACGUACCUAUCAAACUCCAACAGCGGCCCUGACUAUCCGCCCUUUAACAAUACCAAUUCGACCUUCGUAUUCCCACAGGCCGAUAGGGCGAACAUCGAUCUUAUCACCGACGACCUUCCAGUUGCUGCUGUUGACUUUGUAUUUGGAUCCCCGCUUCUCAACAUCCAAAUUGUGUCAACCAGCAAACAGUCAGUCAAUCUUGCCGUGGAUUUUUUCCCCUUUACUUGGAACGGACAACUGGAUGAUAAAUCUUUUGUCCCAGCGGGUAGUUACAAGUUCCGUGUUUCAGCGUUGCAUAUCUUUGGUGACCCAGACCGGCCGCAGGACUAUGACGUUGCUGAGACGUCUUCCUUCAAGAUUUCCUACAAAUAG